AUGCGGUCACAUUACCAUCUCAAACAUUCCCUCGAAGAUUCGGACAGUAGCGACGGUGACGAAAGACCAUAUGCCAGUGAUCAGACAUUAGAGACACAUCUCGCAGAUAUGUUGAAGUUACUGCGUUCCAAAAUCUCUUUGGAGUCCAUCGAUCAGGAAAAGAAGGAUCUGGUGGCUUCAGGCCUUAAUAAGAGCGAAAAGACAGCACUGCAUCUAUUAGCACAAAAGUCCCCAGAGGAUCUUCCUGGCAGCAAAUAUCUUAGACCACUAGUCCGUUUCCUCAUUACUCAUGACUCUCGUCCACUGAGCAAGCCGGAUAAGACCGGCGACUAUCCUCUUCAUGUUGCCAUAAAGAAUGACAACAAGGCCAUGGUCACACUGAUUGAUAAGGAAGGUGGCGAGGAGUUUGAAAGUGCGAUCGGCUUGCCCGAUUCAUCCCAAAAGAACUGCAUUCAUCUCGCCAUUGAGCACGAUCUGGACAACUUGAUGUAUUUGGUAGAUAUUGCAUCCGCAGAAGCACUAUGCGCCAAAGACAAGGAGGGAAACACUCCUCUGCAUCUAGCAGCUGAUUAUAAAAGAUGCUGCAAGGAAUCUAUCAAGCUUAUCGAGGCCAUAAUUGACAAGACUUGUGAGAAAGUGAAGGUGAUCGAAGAUCCAGAUUUCAAUCUCGAGAACAGAUCGCCCUAUCUUCACCACCUUUACACUCGUGGUGAUGGAGGGCAACAGUUUGGGACGCCAGCUAGGUUGCUGGAUGGUCAGAGUCAAAUGAUCCCUUGGAUAGGGAAGAGCCCGGAAUAUUCCAAGGCAGGUCGGGGCGAUCAUCGAGGGCCUAGCAGCGUUAAACCACCGAAACCAAUGAUGAAUGCGUCAUUGUCUCGGUCACAGGCCCCAAUCGGAAGCAAUGGAUUAUCAGUGAGCAACACAUCAGUAAAGAGUACGAGAAAGGAUGAGAUACCUAUUCAAAGUAAGGAAAAAUCAGCUCAGAUGCGCAUCCAACGCGAUGAUGGGGUAGCUCAUCCUCAUAAUAUGGAUCCAUCAGAAUCACCAAGCGAGAACAACCCAAUCUCCUCUUCAAUCGACUGGGCUCAAAAAGUUGAGGAGUUACUUAUGACUCACUAUCUCAGAAGCAGGGGGCACGACGCUGCGGUGGAAAUUCUCUAUGGUCGACAAGGACUUCGCAACAGCUUAAACAAAGCAAUCUUCUUGGACCUCAGCUCGAAGCAUAUGUCAAAGCUCAAUGACAUCCAACGCACACUGCAAAGUCUGGACUUUGAGGAUAUGUUGCAAAGCGUAUACAUUCCGCGGCUGGACCGAAGCAAUGGCGUAAUUGAAGCAAAUACUGCGAGAUCAUCGAUCGAGGAUGUUCAUAAGCUGUUUAAUGGAGAAAAGUUGAAAAGGGUGCGAAAAAUAUUCAAGAUUGUUGUGGAUGAUCUGGAAAAACCUGCAUACAGCGACGCAACGAUCGAAAACACCAUGAUGGGUAAAGGGGUAGAGAUCUGGGAUUGGAGGAAGAUCGACCUAUGCCCCGCGCUGAUCCGGCGUGUAGCCCCCGGUGUCAAACAUCUUAGUCUGUACUGGAGUGGGAAUAAUGUGGUUCUUCGUGGAUGGAGCGAGCAAGAUGGGCUUGUAAAAUUGAGGGAACUACAAGCAAUUGUGGUACAUGUUCAAGAGAACCUCGAAGCAUUCCAGCUCCGCAUUCAGUCAUUCUUCAUUCCAGAUCGUAUCAAACAAGUUCUCGAGCAUGAAGACUUUUAUUAUGUCAAAGGAGAUCUUGAAAGGUUUGUCGAGCUCGAGAUCAAACCUUGGUCCGAGGAUCGGAGAGUUAUCCAGACCUUUGCGGGAUUGGUCAGUGAUAUCUCAUUUAACGUGAUGGAAGCUCAAAUAGUUGAAGCCAUGACUCAGCUUGUGAAGGCAGCAUCCAGUCAAAGUACAGGAGGGGUGAGAAGGCAGCCCCCUCAGACCCGUAAUGACGGUCCCAAUAUCGAGCAAGAAUCCAAGGAAUUCGCCAGAACGGUGGUGGCUUCUUUCCCAGCCAAUAUCCGGACACAGUUGAAUGAAUAUGCAGAAGUCUGUGAAAAGAAGAGGCAGUUGAAAAAUUCCAGUAAAAGAGAGGAGAAAAAGGCCAUUCUCGAAGCACGCGAUGCUGUCAAGGAAAAGCUACGUGAAGACCUGGGUGAACAUGUUCGCAAACUAGACAAAGACCUGAGCAAGUUUGCCACUUUUAUUGCCCAGUCGCGAUGGAGACAUGUUCGCCCCCCAGAGAUAAAAUUCCUAUAUCCGGGAAGAGCUCGCCAUCUGAUCGGUCAAGGUAGAGAUAUGACAAAGGACCAAAAGAACGCUCAGAAACACCGGUGGGUGCAAUGCAUGGAUCAUUUCAGAUCAAGGCUUUUUGAGGCAGUGAGGAAUUUCGAAGACUUCAACAUCGAUGAUCGAAUUCAGGCUCAGGGUGAGCCGAUCACGGUUGCACUGAUCGACGACGGGGUUAAUAUAGAUAAACUGGACCACCAUGACGGUUACGGAAAGAUAGAUGGCCGGAGCUUUCACCGAGACCCCCAAGACCCUCAUUUCACCAAGCCGUAUUACGAAUCUAGCCACGGCCAUGGCACCCUGAUGGCUAACCAGGUGUACCGAAUCUGUCCCAAGGUGCAGUUGCUUGUGCUCAAGUUGAAUCAUACCAAGGGCGGUAAGGACGGUAAGCCUUGCAUCACACCCGAGAGUGCUGCACGGGCGAUCGAGUAUGCUGUUGAAAGGAAGGUCCACAUCAUAAGCAUGUCGUGGACUAUCCUUGCUCCAGCAUCGACUACGGAAAUAGAGCCUGGUUUUCAAAAUCUCAGAACAGCCCUGCUAAAGGCACAGACGGCAAAAAUACUCCUGUUUUGCUCGGCCAGCGAUCAGGGCCAAGACAAAUCUCUUACAUAUCCAACCAAUUCCCUAAAAGACUGUUUCAAAAUCGGCGGCGCAGAUGACGAUGGGGUUCCGCAUGGCGCAGUCGGAGGGCCUAGCAACUUCAACUAUACGUUCCCGGGGGAGACAACAACGAAUGGUGUCUAUAAAGAGGGCACAAUGGAACAAAAGCUCUUUACGGGGUCCUCGAUCGCGACAGCCCUUGCUGCUGGAUUUGCAGCACUCAUUCUCUACUGUGCCCAGGUGCGAUUGGUAUGUGCGAAUGACGAAAAUGAGAAGAAUAUGUGCGCCAAAGCUUUCGCGCUCCUCAAGACCCAUGCCGGUAUGUCCAAGGCAUUUGAUAACGUCUCUAAUGACUCCAAGACUAAAUAUCUGCCCGUUUGGGAUACAUUUGAGCGCAAGAUCGGAGUUGGUGACUCGGCGAUUGAAAUUGUGAAAGCGAUUCCAUCUAGUGUUUCCCCUGCACUGUAUACUUCCCGCGGCUUUUAG